UUAUUUAGAAUAAAAGCCCGUGUGCCAGGCGCUGACUUCAACAUGUCACUGGAAUAAAAAAAAAAAUCUGUUCUUCAGGUUCACUCAGGGGAAGAUGGAACAUUUCUCAAGUAAGAUAAGGACCCCGGGUUGUUGACUGAUGGUGAGAUCAGAUUGCCAGCCUGCUUCCACUUCUCUGAAGAUGUAGAAGUUCUUGGUGUAAUAUGUGAUCCUGUGAGUUUUUCUGAGAAACGAGAAGAGAUAAAAAAAUGGAGACAAACCUGAGGCUGGAGUCAAGUCUGUGGGUCGAUAAUAAAAGAUGCCGGGCUGUCCUGACAGGCUGGCAUUUCAACUGGAGCGAGUUAGACAAGAAUAAUCACGACAAGAAAACAAUUUCAGUUCCUGUGGCGGAGGUGGUUGGAGUGGAGGAGGGCCGGGUGGAGAUCCUGCCCCAGAAGUCAGUUGAGGACACAGACAAAGACUUCACUGUUUUCUACGUGAAGCGUAGCAGCGGUGGGGGCUCUUAUGGGUUGCUUUGGAGACUGGGCCAGACCCAGUUCAGCUGCUUGAGUCGAGUCCUCAGAGACCAGUGGACGAAACACCUAAGAGCUGCUCUCAAAACUCACUGUCCUUUGCGCCCACACAGGCUGUUGGUGUUUAUCAACCCUUUUGGAGGGAAGAAGAAAGGAAGAGGGAUCUACCACUCUUUAGUGUCCCCUCUGUUUGAGCUGGCUGGUAUCAGCUCUCAUGUAAUAGUGACUGAACGGGCAAAUCAAGCUAGAGACCACCUCCUGAAGAAAGACCUGACAGGCAUUGACGGUGUGGUGUGUGUGGGUGGGGACGGUAUGUUCAGCGAAAUACUCCACGGUUUGAUUGGGCGGACACAACAAGAGGCAGGCCUUUGCGAGAAUGAUCCCACUGUCACUCUGCAUCCAUGUCCGCUGCAUAUUGGCAUCAUUCCUGCAGGUUCUACAGACUGUGUGUGUUUUGCCACAGUGGGCGUAAUCGAUCCUGUUACUUCAGCUUUGCACAUUAUCAUUGGUGACUCUCAGCCCCUGGACGUGUGUUCGGUCCAUCAAGCGUCUGCACUUGUGCGCUACUCUGUGUCUCUUUUGGGCUAUGGCUUCUACGGGGACGUACUGGCUGAGAGUGAAAAACAUCGCUGGAUGGGACCUCUCCGAUACGACUACUCGGGUACAGUGGUUUACCUGAACAACAGAAGCUAUGGGGGCAUAGUUCAGUAUCUACCAGCAGACCCGGUGCUCUCCAGUCCCAGAGACAGAACACGCUGCCUUGCAGGAUGCAGUGUGUGCUCAAGAAGCACAGAACGACUUUUCCCCCACUCUGCAGACUCAAGCUCCCUGCACAGCUCUCACUACAGCCAGUUCAAUAAUGACUCAGAAGGUGAGUGGGUAAGUGUGGAGGGAAGGUUCAGGUGUGUGUCUCUCACUUGUAUGUCAAGCUCUUGUCCCAAGAGUCCUUUGGGCCUCUCGCCCUCAGCUCACCUUGCAGAUGGAACAGGUGACCUCAUCCUGGUCUGGGACACCCACCCACUGGGAUUCCUCAAGUACCUCUACAGGCACACAAGCUCACAGGACCAGUUUGACCUGCCAUUUGUUGAGGUUCACCGAGUUAAGGCAGUCCGUUUCUCUCUUCCCCCUGGCAAAGAGGAGGAGUCAUUUGAUGAGAUUGGAGGACAGAAUGAUGUGGUUGAUGAUGAAGAGACAGGCUACAUUGAGACUGCAAGCAGGACUGGAUCCCAGCUGCACCUGGCAGAUGCAGAUUUGACAAAGAGGCAAAAAACAGCAAACCCGUUUUUGUGCUGUACAGGCUGCAGCAAAGCUCCAGCUGUGUCAGUGUGGAAUUGUGACGGAGAAAUUCUGCCUUUCACUGAGAUCCUCUGCAGGAUUCAUGGCCAGUUGGUGCGUCUAUAUGCGAGGGGUAUGGAAGACGGAGCAGCCAUGCAGGACUACGUUGAAGAAAAUGACAAGCAUGAAAGGAUAUCUUACAUCAAGAGCCUCACAUAAAUGUUCAAUAAAGUUUGAAAAGAGGCAUUUGGAAUGUUUGAAAGGAGAGACUACUUUGUGAAGGAGAUUAGCAAGGUUUGUAGUCUCUAAUCGCCAAAAAGAUCCAAAUAUUUUUGGAACUUUAACAAGUUUUCUCAUCGUAGCUAAAUCUAUUUAUUCUUAAAAGAAUGUUUGUUUGUUAGAAAAAAAAAACUGCUCAAUAAAAAGCACAAUUAAAAAACUAAA